AUGACAGUUCAAAGCGGUGAAGAAGGGAUGUCGUGUAAUAAUCCGGAGAACCAACUCACCGGCUAUAAGCCAAGUAAUCAUGUUGAUCCGAUUGAUUGUAAGGUUACGGGAGAUGGCCGGCGCACUCUACAAUUUUCCCGCAGAAUACACCACCCCCCACAAAAGGUCGUCGGCGACAACACUGCGCUUAACCCAACAUCUCCCCUCAAAGAACAACUCCACCUCAACAGCGAUGCGCUUCUCCAGCAACACUUGCAUCUCGAAAUUACCUACCCGCUCGCGAAUCUACAAUGUAAUCUCCAGUCACGGCAACGACUCGUCGUCGUCGACGGUCAUCAAAACGUCCUACCCGAGCGCAUCGCUUCUUCUGUGCUUUCUGCAAAUCGUCAAGACCAACUCCGCGCAUAA